GCCAGAAGGGAAUUUCAGUUUUCAAGCCUGGACAGGAAACCUGCUCACUCAACCGUACAAACAGACAAGCGCCCCAUAUACAGUCGUACACUGACGGGAAGCUAGGCUUAAGAACACACUACUGUUGGGCUGCAGAGAUGCAAAACAGCAAAUUUCACCGAUGGAGAACUGUUGCAUUUACUGAAGAGAAGCAACAACAAGACCGGUGAAGACAAGAAACCCCUUAAAAACUCCAGGACAAAGACUGCAGAGUGAUAUGGCCGACCUUGUGCCAGGACUACUCCUCUGUCUGAUGGCAGUGCAGACCAUUCAGCAUGACGGACAAAGCACCAGGAACAAAACAGAUAUUCCACCUGCAGCCCCGAAAACCUUCAAAGGGAGUCUGAGCAAAUUUAACCAUACAAUCCGGCUGCCAAACCCAGAGCUGGAGGUGAACUUGGCGGACCCAGUGACAGCCUUCACCUCAGGGGUCCUCAGCACCAGGGUCAUACCCUCAGCAUAUAUCGUGGCCAUGCUGGUGGGUAUCCCCUCUAACGCCUACAUUCUGGCCUUCCUCAGACUCAGAGCAAAGUCCUUCUCCAUAGUCGUCCUUUACCUGAACCUGGCCCUGUCCGACCUGCUGCUGCUGCUCUCCCUGGCGCUGCGGGUUCACUACCACUUCAACGGGAAUGACUGGAUAUUUGGGGAAAUGUCCUGCAGGCUUAUCACAGCUCUGUUUUAUGGCAAUGUUUACAGUUCGGCUCAAACUAUAGCAUGCAUCAGUCUGAAGCGCUACCUGGCUGUGGUCAGACCGUUUCUGUACAGAAGGCUGGCUAAGACUUCACUGGCGGUGUGGACCUGCUUGGCUGUCUGGUUCUUAUUCGGGGCAGCUAUCGUGCCUGAGCUCCUGGUCAGGCAGACCUACCAGGUGGCCCAGCUGGGAGUCACCACCUGCCAUGAUGUUCUUCCUGUAGAAGAAAAAACCCAUUCUCCUCUUGUCCCAUACAGACUGAUGCUGAUUUGUCUGGGCUUCCUGUUGCCCUUCCUAAUUUGUAUCUAUGCACAUGUGUCAGUGGUGUACCACCUGGGACAAUCCCGUUGUGACUGGAAACCGUUUAUCAGAGUCAGCACGAUAGUUUUCAUCAUCUUUGCUGUGUGUUUCUUGCCUAGCGGCAUCCUGCACAUCGCCCACUACAUCCGUCUGUUUUCCUUGGGGGACGACAGACUGUACGGAUACUACAGAGUAGCGGUGUGUCUCUGCUGUUUCCACAGUUGUCUGGAUCCCUUCCUGUGUAUGCUCAUUUCCAAGAUGGCAGCCUCAGAACUACAGUUCAUCUCCCUCCCCAAGAUAUCUCAGAGGCAGACUGUUAUGACGUGAGACUGGAUGUGUGUGCACAGAAAAAGCUUUUCCUUUCUGGACCAUUGUUGGGAACCAGCAGGGAAGCACAAGUCCAGAAACAAAGACUGCAAAACUGGACAAUGUGAAUUUAACAUGUGAUACUGCAGUCUCUGUGAAAAACAACACCAGGCUCUGUGAAAUCAAUUCAGGGAAAGUAAGGAUCAUGAAGGGAACAUUAAGACUGUGAAUCCUGUAUGAGCCAGUCAUCAAGCCAUGAUUACAGCAAUAAUCUUUCCUCUUUGCCGUGUUACAAGUCAGAGUUAAAUACCAAAACCCGUUAAUUAUACAAACAUUUACUCUUACCCUUCAAGUUGUAAUUACAUGUAUAAUAUGUACAGAAAAUCUCAAUCAAAAUGAAGCUAUUCAGAUUUAUAAUGAUGCAGUAAUGUAAAACUAAGCCAUGUCAGGGAUAAGAAGCUGCUGUGCAAAUCCAAUAACUCUAAUUGGAGUUCUCUCUAAUAAAUUAAAAGCCGUAAUGAGUAGGAAUUUUCUAAAACACAGUUUAUUAAUUAUUAUUAAUCGUAAAUCAGUUUGAACAUAAGAUAUACUGUCUUUUAAACUGAAUAAAUGUCACAAAGGAUUAGCACAUUAUUAUAUUUAGUUUUAUUCAUAUUUUAGACAACUGUUUUCGGAGUUGGUGCUGUAGGUGCUGUUGAGCCGCGGAGGAGAGGCCAACCUUUAUUGUUUUGAUUAUGAACAGGCAAAUCCUGCUCAUUUAGCCUUUUGACUCAAUUUAAAAAGGCACAUUACCUGGCAGAGGAGUUGUUUGGUAUAUUGUAGGACAUCAUGGUAGUGUUUGGCUGUGGCUGGGUUCACUCCCGUCAACUUGGCUGUAGGGAGGAGCAGCGCUGCAAGUGUCUGCUGAUGGUCACCUGAGUUAAGCGCCUCAUUGAUCUCAGCGAUAGCUAUGAUGCCUGAAAGAAAAAGACAAGAACCAUUUGAAACUUCUGUUAAGGUAUUUCAUUUUGUUUUUAAAAUACUUAAUUGUGGGACCACAUCUAAAAUAAAACAUUUCUAAGGUUUGAAACCACUGGCUUUAAAGAAAAAAAAAACAUGA